CCUCCCCGCGCCCCUUGCGAGUGGCGCUGGCACCAGAGCGCAGGGGCCAGACGCCCGGCGCGGGAGGAGGAUGGCGCUAGCGGUUCUGCGCUUGGCGCUGCUGCUCCUGGCAGUUACCUUCGCAGGCCCUCUGUUCCGUCGAUUUUCAAAAUAUAAAACGCCAUUCUGCUAUCGGUAUCAAUUACCAGGAUGUCCCAGGGACUUUAACCCUGUGUGUGGCACUGACAUGAUCACUUACCCCAAUGAAUGUACUCUGUGCAUGAAAAUCAGGGAAAGUGGUCAAAAUAUUAAAAUCCUCCGACGUGGACCCUGCUGAUGGAACAGUUUACAGAACAGAAGAUGGAGAGACCACCUUCACUGGCAGACUAGAUAAAUUGCGUUUCCCCUUUUUCUCUUUUCCUGUAUUUCUUUACAUAAAAUUUGUUAACACACAUCUUCUGAGAGCAGGUAUGGAAGACAGCCAUGUGUAGUGAUGGAUAAUUUAAAGAAAAAAAGAAUCCUUGUUUCUUAGCUUUUGCUCCUAGAGUUAAGCUUGCUGCCCAGAUAACUUGUGCAUUGCUUUAUUUAGUUGAAAUAAAAUCAGCAUUGAAUUCA